CCCAACUCUGUAUCUCACUUGGUGGAUCUUUGUGAAAGGAAAUGGAAAUAUCGAAGUUUUUGUUAUUCUGGUUUGUGGUCGUAUGGACAUCCUCAGCUAAUAGGAUGCUGGUUCUAGGGGAAGACCCAAGCAAUCCAGUAAAUGAAAUUUUGAGACAAUUGUAACAUGAACUCCCAGGGGAAGCGAGCGAGAUGGCAGCAUAUAUACCAGCGUCAUUGGCUUUCCGGUUUCAUUAGCAUCGACUGCGGAGCACCAAAUGGGAACAGGGACGCUGAUCUUCAAAUAAAUUACGUGACGGAUGAUGGGUUUAUAGACUCCGGAGUCAACAAUCAGGUAUCGAGCGAGCAAUUGCCAUCAAGUGCAAGGACCUUGAGGAUAUUUCCCAAUGGAACGAGGAAUUGUUAUACGAUUCGACCGACCAGCGGAGGCAGCAGCAAGUACCUGAUCCGGGCAUCUUUCCUCUACGGUAAUUAUGACGGCCAAAGCAGAUCCCCGACUUUCGACCUGUAUAUCGGGGUUAACUACUGGGCAACAGUCAGUUUUCCAGCUGUCGACUCUUACGUUCAUAAAGAGAUCAUCCAUGUUGUUCCAUCUACGGAUCGUGCCUUAAUACAGGUCUGCCUUUUAAACACCGGUUCCGGAAUCCCUUUCAUUUCUUCAUUGGAAUUGCGGGCUCUGAAUGGCAACAUGUACCAGACUGAUGCUACAACAGUUGCGCUUUAUAAGCGGCUAAACAUGGGCGGUAAUGCAACUUUCAGACACCCUCAAGAUGUCCAUGAUCGUCUGUGGUCCGCUGAUGACGGAAGUUACAGUUCCAUGAGGAGCUUCGGAACUGUGAACAUUGAGCCGGAUCCUACUUUAGAAAGAAGAAAUGACUCAUAUGAAGUUCCCAUGAAAGUUCUGGAAACUUACGCAACGGCACCAUAUAGUACUGGCUCCUUAGAACUUAAUUGGCAAACAUUCGCUGCAGAUAAAUGGAUUGUGUAUUUUCACUUCGCUGAAAUGACGAAACUGUCGCCACUGAGAGAAUUUACGAUCUCCACCAAUGAUAAGAUCCUAACAAGGAUCAGCCUUGAGUACCUGACACCAGUGACCAUUCCUUUUGAGCAGUCUACCGGUGGCACCAGCCUCAACUUCGAAUUUGUCCCGAACUAUCAAGACCUGAAUUAUCUUCCUAUCCUCAAUGCAGUCGAGGUAUAUUACUUGCUCGAUCUUUCAAGAACAUCGACAGCCCUCGAUGAUGCAAAUGCAAUGAAUGACAUCAAGACAAUGUACAUCGUGAUGAAAGAGAGUUGGCAGGGAGAUCCAUGUGUCCCGUCUAAUCUUACAUGGGAUGGUCUGAAAUGUAGCACCGACGAUCCUCCAAGGAUCACCUCGUUGGACUUGAGCUUCAGCGGUCUGAAGGGGAACAUAGCGAAUUCACUUGCCAACCUAACAAAACUGGAAUAUCUGAAUCUAUCUCAUAAUGAAUUGACUGGAUCAGUGCCUGAAUUCUUAGCAAAACUGGAAAACUUGAAAGUCCUGGACUUGACUGGAAAUAAUCUGAGCGGCUCAGUACCCAAAGAUUUACUAGCGAGGGCCAGUGAUAACACAUUGCAGCUGAGUUUGGCAGGAAAUCCCAAUCUCGAAAAUCCCAGUGUUGAAAAUCCCAAUCCCAAAGAUCCCAACCUCGACUUCUCAGGUUCUUGGGGCUUGUCAAAGAAAACAAGGAAUAUCAUCAUAAUCGCUGCAGCUUUCGGACUCGCUGUUGUUGUGGGGGGUUGCAUUUGGAUAGUUCACUGGAAAAAGCAAUCAGCUCAAAGAAGGAUAAGCAUGGAAAGCCAGAAUCAUUCAGCUCAAAUAAGGAUAAGCAUGGAAAACCAGAAUGGGAAAUCCGAGCCAGUGUCACAGGGGAUUUCAGGAAAUAUAAUGCGCCGUUACACCUUUGCGGAGGUUGAAAGUAUCAUCAAGAACUUUGAUAUGCAGAAGGUUAUUGGAGAAGGGGCAUUCGGAAAAGUUUUUCAUGGUAAACUAGAUGAUGGCACUGAAGUUGCAGUGAAAAAGCUUUCUCCAUCGGCUAAGGCCGGCCCCAGGCAAUUUGAAACUGAGGCAAAUCUACUCUCGAAAAUACACCACAGACACUUGGUUUCACUUCUUGGAUACUGCGAUGAACCGGAAAACAUGGCGCUAAUAUAUGAGUACAUGCCCAAGGGAAACUUGCAUGAAAACUUAUCAGGAAAGAACGGGGAGGUUUUGACCUGGGACCGAAGAUUAUGCAUUGCAGUUGAUACAGCAAAAGGGCUUGAUUACUUGCACAACGGUUGCGAUACACCUAUCAUUCACCGAGACAUUAAGACAGCAAAUAUCCUGCUGGACGAACACUUGCGAGCCAAGAUAUCAGACUUCGGACUAUCGAGAAUUUUUCCAAGUGUAAAUGACAUUCUUAUCGCAACCAAUCCUGUUGGAACACGCGGUUACCUCGACCCAGAAUAUUAUACAUCUAGAAGUUUGACUGCGAAAAGCGAUGUUUACAGCUUCGGGGUCGUGCUUCUUGAGCUAAUCACCGCCCGUCCUGUACAAGGCGAGGAAUACAUAGUCGAAUGGGCAGCCCAAGAAGUCAAAAAACAAGGCUACCAGAUACAGCAAAUUGUUGAUCCAAGGCUGGAUGGGCAGUAUGAUCCCGACACAGCUGAGAAGUUGGUGAGCAUAUCAUUAUCAUGUGUUGAGAAAACUGUGGCUAAUCGCCCAGACAUACAUAAGGUCCUUGCGGACCUUAGAGUAUGCUACGAUCUAAAUUUAGAAAGAAGCCAGGGAGUGGUGAAUAGGGCCACGGAAUUGAGCAUCAGCUAUGGUAAUGACGUAGAAUUAUCGAGCCUUGACGUCUCUUCCACCACCCACUGCUCCACUAAUGCUUCUUCAUAUUUGAGGAGCAUGUUGAGAGGUUUCACCUCGAAUUUUGGGGGUCCUGAACUGUUGUUAUCGUUGUUGCCUUUGGCUCUCGUCCUUCUUACUUUGCUCGUAGCCUGAGAAACAAGCCUUUUAAUUUCAUCUGCAGUUACGUGUGUCAAAUUGUCAGUCAAUCUAAGAGUCUUCAUAUAGUUUUCAUCUGAUUGCAAUGAUUUAUAUUUUUUUCUCAUA